UGUGUGCACUUAUCUUCAAAUAUUAACAGAAACGAGUACAUAUCAAAGCUAUUAAUCAAACCCUUUAAACCAUUAUGUCAUAAGGUCAUACUUAUCAUAAGAUAGUGUAUAUCAAUGCAGAUAACGUUUUUACAAGAGUGUGUUUUACUAAGUAUUAAACAACAAUGGGUGGCAAAAUAUCAUUCCAAGGAAUUCCAAUCAGCAAGGACAGAAUAGUAGUUGUAACAGGAGGAAAUACUGGUAUUGGUUAUGAGACAGCAAAAUGGAUGGCAAUGUUGGGGGCAUCUGUAAUUAUUGCUUGCAGGUCAGAAAAAAGAGCACAGGAGGCAAUCACAAGGAUGAAGUCAGAUUUCCAGAGAGAGAAAGAACAGAAAACAGAAGGAGUUACACAAACUGAUGAUUUAUCUGUAGAAUUUAUGAAAUUAGAUCUGAGUUCCCUUAAAUCGACUAAAGAAUUUGUAGAUCAAUUUACUGAGUCUGGACGGCCACUCAACACACUGAUUUGCAAUGCAGGAAUUGCUUUUCAUCCACUAGAAUACACAGAGGAUGGAAAUGAAACCAUGUUUCAGGUAAAUUAUUUAAGCCAUCUUUUGUUAACACUCCAUUUGUUGCCAAUAAUGAGGCGAUCUGGUGAUGAUAACAGGGUAAUACUUGUAAGCAGUCAUGGACAUAAUAACCACUCCACUCCAUUUAGUGUGGAUAAAAUACAAGGGAAGCAACACAACGCUGAUAACUUUCCAAGAUUCAAAUACUAUGGAAACUCGAAAUUAUAUCAGAUUUUACAAAUGUAUUUUAUGAAUCGCCGGCUUGCUGACAGUAAUGUUUGUGUGUUGUCAGUAAAUCCCGGAUUGGUAGACACAGAAAUAACGCGAGGAUUUCAAGAUUCUUCAUGGAUGACUUGGUCCUGGAAAAUUGUAAGAGCUUUCAGUAAGUCACCAGCUGAAGGAGCAGAACACACAUUAAAUGCAGCAAUCAAUCCUGCUUUGAAAGGUGUCCGAGAUGUUUACUUUCAAGAAUGCAAACCAAAGAAUACCAAUGCUGUUGCAAGAAACAAAGACAUCCAAGAGUCAGUACUGGAAUAUUCAUUAUCAUGUUUAAAUGACUAUAUCACAGAUGCUAUUAGAAAUGAAUGGAAGACAAAAUAAUCAUUUUCUUAGUUUGAUUUUCUCUCAGUUACAGAGCUAAUAAAAACCUGAUUUAAAAAAAACCAAAACAAAUCUAGUCCAUGAUAAUAAAUGAGAGAGGUUUCUUUCAA